CAAAGCCUAAUUACUCUAGUUUCCCCAUAUUCCCAACAAGUUCAUUCGAUAUCGUGAUAUUCCUUUUUUUUUCACCCAAAGUUCAAAAAGUGUCGCAAACAUGGCACCGAGGUACGAGCUGGCCGUUGGCCUUAAAGACAGGAAAGGGCACAAGACGACGAAGAUAACCGUCGCCAAGACCAAGCUCAAGAAGGCCGAGAAAUCAAAGACCAUCGUCCUGAGACCCUCGAGACUGAAGGGACAAAUAACCAAACAUAGCAAAUUCGUUCGUGACCUGAUUCGUGAAGUUACUGGACAUGCUCCUUAUGAAAAGCGCGCUAUGGAGUUGUUGAAGGUGUCCAAGGAUAAGCGAGCUCUCAAAUUUUUGAAAAGGAGGUUGGGAACUCACAUUCGUGCUAAGAGGAAGCGUGAAGAACUUGGAAACAUCCUUGCACAAAUGAGGAAAGCCCAACAUCAUUAGUACCCUUUGCUGGUGGAAAAAACCUCAGUGAAUAUCUUUAUUUUAUAAGGUUACUUCUUACGUCGUAAAUAAAAAAAUAUCUUAUCCAAA